ACUGGGACGAGGUUUAAGAAUAAGCGAUAUCUGUGGCUUUUGGGGUUGGGUUUCUUAUCUUCUGCAAGAUCCGACUCAGAUAACUUUUAGAGAGAGAAAGUAAGAGAGAGAGACAAUGGCAGCAGGGGUGGCCGGUGUAGGGCUAUCGUGGCCGUGCAAACUGAAUCAGAGACCCACAAAUCCAAUCCCAUCUUCAUCCCGAUCUUGUCGCCGUUGUGCGUCGUCCCCUUCUGUGAAAAUGGUCAUCUCAGUCGACGAGAAGAAGAAGACUUUCACUCUCAAGAAGUCUGAAGAAGCCUUCAAAGCCGCCAAGGAUUUGUUGCCUGGAGGUGUAAAUUCCCCUGUACGUGCUUUCAAAUCAGUUGGUGGACAGCCUAUUUUUAUUGAUUCUGUCAAGGGCUCUCACAUGUGGGACAUAGAUGGAAAUGAGUACAUCGACUAUGUUGGUUCAUGGGGUCCAGCAAUCAUUGGUCAUGCAGAUGAUGAGGUACUCGCAGCCUUGUCAGAAACAAUGAAAAAGGGCACUAGCUUUGGUGCUCCGUGUCUUCUUGAAAAUGUACUGGCCGAGAUGGUCAUCUCUGCUGUUCCAAGUAUAGAGAUGGUUCGGUUUGUCAAUUCAGGCACUGAAGCUUGCAUGGGUGUACUCCGCUUGGCUCGUGCCUUCACUCGCCGGCCGAAAAUCAUCAAGUUUGAGGGUUGCUACCAUGGCCAUGCUGAUCCAUUCCUUGUCAAGGCAGGCAGUGGAGUAGCCACCCUGGGUCUCCCUGACUCACCCGGUGUUCCUAAAGCAGCUACCAUUGACACACUAACAUCCCCGUACAACGACAUCUCACAUGUUGAAAAUCUUUUUAAGAUGCACAAGGGGGAGAUUGCUGGAAUUAUCCUUGAACCUGUAGUGGGGAACUCUGGCUUCAUUACACCCAAACCUGAUUUCCUUAAUGCCCUCCGCAAAAUCACCAAAGAAAAUGAUUCUCUUCUCAUAUUUGAUGAAGUUAUGACUGGAUUCCGUUUGUCAUAUGGUGGAGCUCAGGAGUAUUUUGGUAUAACUCCUGAUUUAACAACACUUGGGAAGAUUAUUGGUGGUGGCCUACCUGUUGGUGCAUACGGAGGAAGGAGGGAGAUUAUGGAGGAGGUGGCACCUGCAGGACCAAUGUAUCAGGCUGGUACCCUCAGUGGAAACCCAUUGGCAAUGACUGCUGGAAUCCACACACUAAAGCGUUUGCAAGAGCCUGGAAGCUAUGAAUACUUGGACAAAAUCACAAGUGAACUUGUUCAGGGCAUUGUGGAUGCUGGGAAGAGGGCUGGACAUGCAAUGUGUGGCGGCUAUAUAAGGGGAAUGUUCGGUUUUUUCUUCACAGAAGGACCUGUAUAUAACUUUGGGGAUGCAAAAAAGAGUGACACUGCAAAGUUUGCAAGGUUCUACAGGGGAAUGCUGGAGGAAGGUGUUUACUUCGCACCUUCACAGUUCGAGGCUGGGUUUACCGGCUUAAAACAUACUUCUGAGGAUAUCCAGCGGACGAUAGAAGCAGCUGAGACGGUGCUCCGGCAAAUAUAAACAGUUGGUCUUUGACGACUCAUUUGAUUGUUUUUCCCUCCUCUUUAUAGCGGUGGUCCUUCUAGUAGGCUAAAUUGACUCGUUAUUUAUAGAGUUCCUUUGAUUAAGAAGCUUAAAGUGUAUGUUAUUUAAACAUCUUGUAUCAUGUUUAUUGCUGAUUGUAUCAUUAUUGUUUGAAAAGCAUUUUGCAAUUUGAUCAGUAUGGUAUUACUCUC